AUGGGCGGUACGCACGCCUGCGAUUCGCGAGACGUUGCUGGAAACGCCGACACCGCCGGUGGUGGCGGCCGAGAAAAUGCGGCAGAUGGAAACGACUGUCCUGGCAGCAGCGGCGACGGCGAGAUCACGGAUCGGAGUGGCGGCGGCGGCAGCGGCGGCAGAGUCGGCGGCAGCGGUGGAUACCAGGGCGCGGCGCGCAUUGGAGGAAGCAACGGCGUUCAGCUGCGCGCCUUUGAAGAGAGCACCGCCGCGACGUGCGGCGGGGAAGUCGCCGCCCGUCCCGCUGACUGCGACGAGCGCCGCUAUCACGAGCAGAACGGCUUCUGGCAGCCGUCCGUCUCAGCGAAGCGAAAGCGGCCAUUCCGCUACGACGACGACGACUCGGCGGAAAGAAGGAGUUUUGAGGCAGCAUCGACGAGCGGCCUUACUUGGUCGCCUCAAACGUCAUUUUACUAUGAGUCGUUGGCCGGGCUGUCGGACCCAAGCUGCCGCGAUCAUCGCGCGACGAUGUGCCUCGCCGGCGAUUGGUCGACGAGCAGAUGGCCGCCGGUGGACUUGACGGAGUCCGGCAAUGCCACGGCACAAGGUGGCGGUCGGCAAGAUCGUCAGCCGUUCUGUGAUCCGCACAACCGGAAUCAUCCGCAAGAGCAGCUUCAUCCGCAAAGCCAUCCUCAGCACGCCCCCAUCGCCGGCCUCUCCGGGCAUCCGGCGGCCGAGGGAGCACGCGCGACUGCGCGCGGCGCGGCUGAAUGCGCAAGGGCCGGCAGGACUGCGAGAGAACCCGCCUCUGCAGGGGGUACCGGUGGAACGGGCGGAUGGAGGGGCGGCAUCGCAGAGGAGAACAGGAUAGUGGUGGGCGCGCCGGCGCUACUAGCGAGCGCAACGACUGGCGGAGACCGCCUGGGCGGAGUGAUGCGUGGCGUAGUGACAGCGCCGCCCCAACAAACCGCCCACGCACAGACGCAAGAGUGUGCUGCUGCUGCUGCCGAGACGCCUCACACAUCCCAGGAACAGGAACGAGUGCCGGAACUACUGCGCAGUCAAUCGCCAGCCGGAGGGACGAGCGGGCAGCCACACAUAGCAGCCGAUGCAACAGGUGGUGCAUGCACAGACACAGCCAUGGCAGCAGGCGCAGCAACAGGCGCGGGUGGUUCCUUACGUCCGCCCUCCAUCCUUCCGCCUUCCAUGGUGGCCCUCCCUGCAACUGCUCUGCUGCCGCUGCCCUGGCAGCACCUGCUGCCCCACCGCCCCUCCACCCACGUCCUGCUACCGCUGCCCUCUCCUCCCCAUAUCCCCGCUUUGCCCCAGCCCUUGCCCCUUAUGCCACAGCCCCCGAUACUAUCACAGCCUCAGCUGCUAUCACAACCCCGCCUGCUUAUAUCACAGCCCCAACUAUCAUCACAGCCUCAGCUGCUUAUUGCACAACCCGAGUCCUCAUCACAGCCCCCACUCCAGUCUCCUCUGCCCUUCCAGUCGUCUCCCCUCGUCCCAGCACCAUGGCCUGCCAUUGCACCCCCACCAACACACGGGGUCGGUUUAUCGACUGUUGCCCCCCACCCUCUGCCUGCCAACUCUUCUGCAAUCGCUGCCACUGCUGCGCCUGCCACCACUGCUUCUGUCACUGCUGCUGCCGCAGGUGGCGGGCGGCAUGGGGUGGGCGGCGGUAAGGGGGAGGGCAUGGUGGGCGAUGAUGGUUAUGGUCAAGGGCAAGGGCAUCAUGGUGAUGAUGAUGUGACGAAUCAGCGCAAGCAGAGGAGGUCAGUGCAUCACACGGACCCCCUGGACUCUUCCCCUGUCACUUCUUACCCCCUUGUCCCUCCCUGUCGUCUUACCCCCUUGUCCCUCCCUGUCGUCUUACCCCCUUGUCCCUCCCGGUCGUCUUACCCCCUUGUCCCUCCCUGUCGUCUUAUCCCCUUGUCCCUCCCUGUCGUCUUACCCCCUUGUCCCUCCCUGUCGUCUUACCCCCUUGUCCCUCCCUGUCGUCUUACCCCCUUGUCCCUCCCUGUCGUCUUAUCCCCUUGUCCCUCCCUGUCGUCUUAUCCCCUUGUCCCUCCCUGUCGUCUUACCCCCUUGUCCCUCCCUGUCGUCUUAUCCCCUUGUCCCUCCCUGUCGUCUUACCCCCUUGUCCCUCCCUGUCGUCUUACCCCCUUGUCCCUCCCUGUCGUCUUACCCACUUGUCCCUCCCUGUCGUCUUACCCCCUUGUCCCUCCCUGUCGUCUAACCCCUUUGUCCCUCCCCUGUCGUUCCCUUGUCUCUUCCCCUGUCUUCUUACCACUUGUCUCCUCUCCUUCUCAUCUCACCCCCUGUCUCGUCCCCAUGGGCAGAAUGCACUCCAACCGGCAGUCAGCCAAGCGCAGUCGCCUUCGCCGCCAGCAGCUGCUGGAGAAGCUGGAGAUGGAUGCUGCAAAGCUGAGGGUGGAACACAGCGCGUUGUGUCGGAGAGAGGCGGAAGCAACAGAGAGAGCUGCUGAGCUGCAACAGCAGCAAGUGAAGUUGCAGCAGGAGAGGGACGCAGUAUUAGCGAGAGUGAAAGAGCGUGGUUCUGGCAGGCAAUUGCAAGAGCAAGGGCUAUGGGUCCAUUGA